AUGAGGUCCAACAGUUUGCUCGCAUUGGCCUGUGCCACUCUGGUGGCCAGCGCAGAGGAGAAGUUGGUGGGUGAAUUUGGCCAGGAGGUUCUCGGAUGCCGCUGUGCAGGAGGCAAGACCACCCAUGGAAACUGCGGUUAUCACUUUCAUUUCAUGUCCAAUGAGGACAAGCCUUGGUGCCGCACGAAGUUUGGCUGCGGGCAUUACUCCAUCAAAGGCAAUUGGGUAUACUGCGACCCUCGGGGAACAGAAAGGCGGCGUGCCGAUGAUGGCAAGCUCUACAACGCGCUGGAUUUUAAAAAGUUCUACCCCAAGGAUGGAAAGGAGAAGUGGGCCGCCGCGGCUGCCUACGAAGAGACCCGCAUCGCCAGAAAUGGCAAGGCAUACAAGGCCAGCGAGUUCCGGGACUACUACAUCGACUACUUGGGCGAGGAGGGCUGGCUGACUGAGUGGACGGGCGCGCAGGAGGACUUUUCAGUGUCUCCACGCGGGGGUGACCGUCAGUUUUGGUUGACUUCUGGUUCUGGCCUUCUGAACGCAAUGGAUUUGCAAGCUUACUCUUGGGCCUGCGGCAGCUCCAUACGCUGCUUAGCAGACGAGGACGACGCCGUGCGCCAAGCAGACGCGAACUCUGGCCCUGGGCCUUUGGGAGAAGUGGUGCUGGCACAGGGUCUCGUGAGUGUCUGGGCGGCUGCUGUGCAAGUCGCAGCUGACUAUGGAGACGUAGAGGAUGUCGAGGCAGAGCUCGGCCCCUACGCCGCGGCGAUUGUGAGCGCCUCGAAGUUCGAAGUGAAAGAGAAUGAUGAGGAGAACGGGAAUGGGAUUGAGAAGGAAGACCCGGAGGAAUCAAAGAGACCUCCCGAGGAGGCACCUCGAGGAGAAAUGGCUGUGGUAAGCUCGGAACUGCAACUCGCGAUGCAAAGCGAGAAAGCUCGGGAUGGUCCCGCAGCUGGCCUGGAUGGCUUCCUCGGUUUGCUGUCGGCUUGGUCGGAUGAUGCGCCGGCCACGAGGUUGCUGGAAGAAGCCCGGCAAAUCAAGAAGCCCGGGGCUUUGGCUGGGAAGGCUCCCGCCGAACCUCGCAGACCGCUGAAGAAGGAGAGCCUCGAAAAGCUGCGCUCGGAACGCUUCCCUCACAGCCGAGCCCCGAGCCCGCCAAGCGAGACGCGCCACUGGCGGCAAAAGGACUUUGAGCUUUACUUUGGCAGUGACGGAGUCUUGCAACCGCGAGCGGAGCCGGAGCCAAGUUCCGAGGAGCUCUUGGCUCAGGAGAUGCGACAGACGAGCCAGGCCAGCCCUUUGCUUGCAGAGAUGAGAAUGCAACUCGCGCAGGACAAGGUCGUACAGCCACCAUCGGAGUACGCUGCGUUCUGUCAACAUCUCCUGGAUCAUUGCGGGGAUAUGCGCACAGUUCCAGCUGGAGAGGUGCUUCCCAUUCCUCGCUCCAGACGCGCGCCUGAUGUUCUCAAAUCUCCCAUCUGCAUUGAGAAGCAGCGGGGCUGGAAAAUGAGGAGCUGGGGCCUGGCAUACUGGAGCUACGAAUGCGGACAGGCAGCCUGCGACUGCUUCAGACGCUAUCCUCCAAGCACUGCAGAAUCCGAUGCCAGCCAUGGCCGUUGCUUGCGGGCCAGGGUGGACGAGUUUGCCAAGUAUGUGAACAUGAUCCGGGAUAUGGACCCACAGUGCAAAGAGGAGAAUUAUCUGGCAUAUCCACGCUACCUCGCAUGCUGGUCUCCCUUCGGCAUUCCAAAGCUGAAGCCUCUCUGGGAACAGGACCUCAAGUCUGGCCGCAAGCUUUGGGGUCCACCAGGGCUCAAGGACCUGUCUGCCAAGUGGUUUGACAUGUGCUGCCUCGCAGUUGGGCUCCUGUUUGAACCGGAGCUUGCUCAGCAGGACACGUUGCAGUUCGGGCCGCCGGGCAUGCUCGUGAGGCCGUACGUAGAAGAAUGUUCUGCACACGUCUGGCAUGCUCAAAUCCAGGGAAGACGGAUGUUCGCCCUCUUCGCACCCCAGGAGUCCGCCACUUUGGAGACGCAGAGCGCCUCGCAGACCCUGGGAGUGGAUGUGCAUGCCCGGAGCCGUACCAGUUCGGUCGACAUCUUUGCAUCGAGCCAGAGACUCAAAGACAGUCAAUGCUACAUGGCUCUAUUGGAGCCGGGCGAGACACUGAUUAUCCCGGCUGGCUGGUGGCAGUGCAGCGUUGCACUUGAGCCGUUCACCACGAUCUCACGACGCUUCUGGAACAGGUCAAACCGGCUUGGCGUGUGUGAUGUGAUUGCGAGACGAUCUGACGCUUCGGAUCUUGGGCCGAGGCAGAAGUCGCACUUGAUAUCGCAGCUGCCUGUCCUUCGCGAGCAGAUGCAGCAGGAAGACAUGUCUUCCGGCGAGGAUUGA